AACAGCGUUCUCAGAUAUUCGCUUUAAGAGAGAGAUGGGUCGAGCUCCAUGCUGUGACAAGGCAAACGUGAAGAAGGGACCAUGGUCUCCUGAAGAGGAUGCCAAGCUCAAAGGCUAUAUUGAACAGUAUGGAACUGGAAGCAACUGGAUUGCUCUUCCUCAGAAAAGUGGGCUUAAGAGAUGUGGAAAGAGUUGCAGACUCCGAUGGUUAAAUUACUUAAGGCCCAACAUCAAGCAUGGUGGGUUCUCUGAAGAAGAAGACAACAUCAUCUGCAGCCUCUAUAUAAGUAUUGGCAGCAGGUGGUCCGUUAUUGCGGCCCAACUGCCUGGAAGAACAGAUAAUGACAUCAAGAAUUACUGGAACACAAGAUUGAAGAAGAAGUUGCUCGGAAGGCGCAAAGAGUCUAACAUGAAUCGAUUUUCAACAAUGGGUGCAAAAGAUGCAAAUGGCAUAGAAGAUAACUCGUAUUCACAAUCCUUAAGCAGCUCGGCCCUUGAAAGACUUCAACUCCAUAUGCAACUUCAAACCCUCCAAAAACCUUUAUCUAAUUUCUACAACAAUCCUGCGCUGUGGCCAAAGUUGCAUCCCCUGCAAGAAAAGAUGAUCCGAAGCCUGCAAUAUUCUUUAAAUGAAAAUCCUAGCCCUCUGUGGCAACACGACUUUCCUAGUCCUCAGCCUGGGCAAGGACAAAAGGUCAACUUCUGUGAACCAGGCGCCACUGGUGCUAUAAUUCCAGAGGGUUUUGCAAAAAUCAGCAAUACAAAGGCAAAUGAAUUGGACAAUUCUUUGCAUUUUACUCCAUCCUCGGAUAAUUCAAUGGCCUUUGUCACAGGGAAUAAUCUAAUGGACUCCAGUAGUACUUAUGAUCCUAAAGCAGAUGUUAUGGAACAACCUAAUGUACUGGGAGUAGAAGUUUCAGCCUUCCAAUCUGAACUCGAUGACUUUCUUAAUAACAAAACUAUGGUUUUCGUACCACAGGAAGAUCAGGUGGCUGGAUUUGAUUGUCUCAGAGAAAUCAAUAGUUCAAAGGACGGCGUGAUUUGGUGGUCUAACGACUUCGACAGAAAAUCUUCAACCUCAAACUCUUGGGACUCCACUUCUGUUCUUCAGACUGAUCAGCCUAUGUUUCAAGAUUACGAACUAUGUUACAAUCUCUAGUUUAAAACAUAGGGCCGGAGUGGCGUUAUGGCAUUUUGUGAUUAGCAUCAAACGGGGAAGAAGGAGAGAAUCUGAUGACACGUUCUGUAAAUUUUUGUGAAUAAUUAUGUGAAUGACCUAAGUGCUUGCUAUUUC